CGGCGGCAGAUUAAAAUAAACCACAGAGAAGGACACAGAGAGUUGAAGAGAGCGAAGGACCAGAAGAAGAAGAUGGACAUCCAGACGGGUCAGGUGGUGCGUCCGGUCAGCGCCAUGGAGAGUCUGGAGAAGCAGCUGAGCUGCCCCAUCUGCCUGGACAUGUUCACCAAGCCCGUGGUCAUCCUGCCCUGCCAGCACAACCUGUGCCGCGGCUGUGCCAACGACCUCUACGAGUCCAGGAACCCCUACCACUUCUCAGGGGGGACCUUCCGCUGCCCCACCUGCCGCUUCGAGGUGGUCCUGGACCGGCACGGCGUGUACGGGCUGCAGAGGAACCUGCUGGUCGAGAACAUCAUCGACAUCUACAAGCAGCAACAGGAGAGCCGGGGGGGCGACAGCGAGGACCCACCCCUGAAGGACAAGGACACCAAGGAGCCCAAGUGCAAGGAGCACGAGGACGAACGCAUCAACAUCUACUGCGUUACCUGCCAGACACCCACCUGCUCCAUGUGCAAGGUGUUCGGUCAGCACAAAGACUGCGAGGUGUCCCCGCUGCACGCCGUCUACCAGAGCCAGAAGGGCGAGCUGCGAGCUGCCGUGGAGCUGCUGGCCGCGGGAAACAGCUGCGUCCAAGCAGUCAUGUCUCAGAUGGAGGACGCCUGCAAGCUGGUCCAGGACAACGGGGAGCUGCAGAGGAGGAGGCUGGGCGAGAGCUUCGACCUGCUGUACGCCAUCAUGGAGGAGAGGAAGGGUCAGCUGCUGGAGCACAUCAGCCGCGAGGAGCAGGACAAGCUGUCCACCCUCAGAGCGCUGGCCGAGCAGUACAAGCAGCAGCUGCAGCUCAGCAACCAGCUGCAGGAGAAGCUGCAGCAGAGCAUGCAGGGCUGCAGCGUGGCGGAGUUCCUCCUCACCGCCAAACAGCUGCAGGAGGAGGCCCAGCAGGCGGCCGGGGGAGCCCAGCUGCAGAGGCCCGAGCCCGGCUACGAGAGCAUGGAGCACCUGAGCCUGGACACGCAGGAGGUGGAGGCCCUGCUCGCUCACAUGGACUUCAGAGAGGAUGACGGGGAGGAAGACCAGGAGUAACGUCAGAAGGAAAGACUUUGAUCAGACGGUUUCGUGUCGGAGGAAGACCAGGAGGGCGACAGAAAAGGAAGACGUUGAGAAGACAGACAGCUUCGUGAGUGUUUUCACUCUCAGUCGGCGUCCUGGUCAGUGUCUGCAGACCAGGAGCCUGAUCCAGAGUGAAAACGGUAAGAAAAGACUUUGAUUGGACUGAUCCUGGUCAGAAGAAGACCAAAACAGCAACAGAGAGCAGAAAACAGCGAGGAAACAGAUUUGGUCCGACCUGACGUCGACGGAGAGUCAAAACCGUAAGAAAAGACGUUGGUUGAACUACUUCUGGUCGGAGGAAGCUGCUGCUGCUGCUUUUUCAGAAACUUCAGGUACUUGUGGAGGUAGAACGGAGUUGUGCAAUCUUUUGAGAAAGUUUUUUACCCUUACAAAAUGAAACAUUUUGUAUUUGACUUUUUAUACUUUUCUAUUUUGAAUGUUUUUCUCACACUCGUCUUUCAAGUCUGGACAAAGUCUGGACUAGAGAGAGUUUUUAUUUAUCGUGUUUUGUCUAUUUGUGAAACUGAAAACUUGAACUGCAAAAUCUGCACUUGAUUUCAGACUCUGCUGUUACUUUGAAAUGUCUUUUGAAGGUGUGAAUAAAGCUUUAUUUGACUGUAAA